GAGAAAACACGCGUGGAUCGUGUUGUCAGACUCAAAGCACACAUAGAUCUCCUUUUAAUAAUAUAAAUACCUGCAAGUUCCCUACAUUUAUUUUAUUCAGUUUAUCAUGUGCACAUGAUUGAAUUAAUAGUGAAACGAUUGAAUUCCUCGGGAAUAAACUGAACGAUGGAGUAUUUACCGGAGUCAAACGCGAGAUAUAAAGAUGUGGAUUACUGGAACGAGCGGUACCGGACGGAGAAGAGCUUCGAGUGGUUCGGAGACUUCACCAAAUUCGAGCAUAUACUAAAGGAGCAUGUGGAGUUGCAAGAAGACAUUUUGAUGCUUGGUUGUGGGAACAGUGCUCUUAGCUCUGAUAUGUACCAAGCCGGCUACACCUCCAUCACUAACAUAGAUUAUUCAAGUGUUUGUGUGGAGAGCAUGGCGGAGCAACACAAGGACUGCGCUCAACUCGGCUGGCUUUGUAUGGACGCCAGAUGCCUGGCCUUCCCAAACAGUGUGUUUGAUGUGGUUCUGGAAAAAGGAACUCUAGACGCCAUGCUGGUGGAGGAGACCGACCCGUGGAAAGUCUCAGACAAUGCGGCCCGACUGCUGCACCAAGUUCUCUUGGAGGCGAGUCGUGUUUUGAAGCCUGGUGGCCGUUUCAUCUCCGUAACGUUUGCCCAGCCACAUUUCCGCAAAAGACUAUAUGCUCGAGCAGAGUACAACUGGUCUAUCAAGCACUACCGAUAUGGCCGGGGCUUCCACUACUUCCUGUACGUUCUCACUAAAGGGGAGGAGCUUAGCCCAGAAGAUGCCGCAUUGGAGUGGAGACUUCUAACGGAGGCUGAGGCUCUUCCCACUGAAGUGCAAUUUCAGGAAGUAGAUUCAGAGGACUUCCUGAAUAACAUUGGAAUAUAGGGAAAGUAAAGACAUCCGGCACCUGUCAGUCAAAAGACUGAAAUCUGCUGACAUACGUUUUGCAAACUUUAACAUAUUUGAUUUUAUUUUUGGAAGAAUUAUUCCUUCAACAGUUUACAGGGUAGGACUGAAAGAGCAAUGGAUCUACGAUUUGCCGCUACCUCUGGAGAUUUUGACAGUCACUCAGUUGCUCUGGAGAACUUAAAUGAAUAGUUCACCAAAAAAUGAAAGUUCUCUCAUCAUUUACUCACCCUCAUGUCAUCCCAGAUGUGUAUGACUUUCUUCAGCAGAACACAAACAAAGGUUUGUAGAAGACUAUCUCAGCUCUGUAGAUCCAUACAAUGCAAGUGAAUGGUGACCAGACCUUUAAAAGCCCAAAAAGUAUUUAAGGGCAGCAUAAAAGUAAUCCAUACGACUCCAGUGGUUAAAUCCAUAUCUUCAGAAGUGAUGUGAUAGGUGUGGAUGAGAAAGAGAUCAAAAGUCCUUUUUGUACUAUCAAUCUCCAUUUUCACAUUCUUCUUCUUUUUUUUUUGGCGAUUCUCAUUGUUUGUGCAUAUCGCCACCUACUGGGCAGGGAGAAUAAUUUAUAGUAAUAAAGGACUUAAAUAUGUAUCUGUUUCUCACCCACAGCUGAAAUGUUCUUCUAAACAAAUGUGUUUGUGUUCAGCAGAAGAUAGAAAGUUAUAAACAUCUGGGAUGGCAUGAGGGUGAGUAAAUGAUGAGAGAAUUUUCCUUUUUGGGUGAACUAUACCUUUAAGGACAAUAUUUGAAAUGUGCCAAAAACACAGGAACUUUGAAAACUCCAUAUCUGACUUUUAAGUCUAGGUUUGUUCAAUGCUUUUACGUCGAUCAACUAUAAACUUUUCAGGGUCACGUUUGAAAUUACAUUGUUCAUGUUAUUUUGUAUUUACAUUUGUAGUUACUGAGUAAUGAGUAUUACUACAUGUACUAAUUGUGUUACUCUUUAAGGGAGCAGUUUGCAUUUACAUAUAGCUUUUUUUGUUUUGUUACUGUAGUAAUUAAUUACAGUAACACAUAGUAUGUGUAAAAUGGACUAUAAAGUUGUAACUUUUUAGCUAGAUCUUGACUAUUUUUAACAAGUUUUUAAACCAUUUUUAAACAAUGCUUCAUGUGUCCUUUGUUCCCUACAUUCUGCAUCCUCUCUCCUCCUCUCUGAGGCCUAUUUCUUAUUGUGAUUGUGUUGAUUGGUAUGACAAGGUUGAGUGCUUGACACCUGCACACUUGCACAUUGACAAAUCUGUCACAAACACUUCUCAAACAACAAAUAAA